AUGUCUGGACAAUCACCAUAUAUGUCAGCAGCUCAAUAUGGUUAUCCAACUAGUUUUCAACAGCGUGAUGCUCGUUAUCCUAGUGGUUCAACUGUUGAAACAGGUCUAGGAAUAAAUCGACGUCCAUCAUUACUUGCUGGUUAUCAUAAUCAUUUCAGUAGUCCAGAAAGAACUUCAAUACCACCCUUCUUAUAUUCAUUAGCAGCUCCAAUGUCAAUGGGACCACAUGUUGACGAACAUUCAAAACGAACACGUUAUCCAACAAAUGCACCACUAUCAAUUGAUGUGAAAAAGGAACCACCAUUGUAUCAACCACAAACCGAAGCAAUAUCGCCCAUAUUUGAUGAAACUAAAAUUGAUUCACAUAUGAGAGAUACAACAAUAAUACGUAAUUCAAUAUCAAAACUUGAAUCUGAAAUUGAAAUCACAAAAAAAAAACUUGAUCGAGCAAAACUUAGUCAAAGUGAAAUAAAAAGUCAAGCUGACAGAUCAGCUGCUGAUGAAGAAGAAAAUGAUGAUCAAGAUGAUUUAUUUAAAACUAAUGGUUCACAAACACUUAUCGAAAAAAUUCUUCAUGAUAAUAGAAAAAAAGCUGAAGAUGGUCAAAAAGUUUUGAAUCAAUUAAAUAAUAAUAUGGAUUUAACAAUUCCACUUUAUGAAGAACCAAAUGAUCUUGAAUCAAUAGAAAAAAUUCGAACACAAUAUAUGAAUGUAAUGAAAAAUCGUUUAAUAAAUUUAUUAAAAAAAAGUCGUGAACGUUAUAUGUGUCGAACAAAAUUUGAAAGUGAAAAUUAUGAUCAAUCAUAUCAAGAAUGGCAAAAAUCAAUUGAAAAAGAUGAAAAAUUAAUAUUAGCUAAAGAUAUAUCAACAUAUCGUGAAACAUUUGAAAAAACAUUUCCAGAAUUACGAAAAGCACGUGAAGAUAAAGAAAAAAAACAUACAACACAAAAUACAAAUGAUUCAUCAUCAUCAUCAUCAAUUGAUCAACAACAAAUAUCAACAAAUAUAAAUCCAAUUGAACCAGAUAAUGAAGAAGAAACAGAUGAAAAAAUGCGUAAAUCAUCUGUUAUACCGCCUAUUAUGUAUGAUAGUUGGCAACGUAAACAUCAAUAUUUUAAUCAAAAUGGUUUAAUAAAAUGUGAUCCUGCAUUAUUUUAUAAAGAUUGUGCAAAAUUACCAUAUUGGUCAGCUGAAGAAAAACAAAUAUUUAUUGAAAAAUUUACUCAAUCACCAAAAAAUUUUGGUUAUAUAUCAUCAUUUCUUGAAAAUAAAACAACUGAACAAUGUGUACAAUUUUAUUAUAUGACUAAAAAAACAGAAAAUUAUAAAAAUUUAUUACGUAAACAAUCACAAGCCAAAACUCGUAAAACAAAACAAAAUACAACAACAACAGUUACAUCAUCGACAACAACAAUUGAAACAACAUUAGUUACAAAAGUUACAUCGAAUACAAUUAUUUCAUCAACAUCACAACAAAUUCUUGGAUCAGGACAAGAUGUCGAUCGUUCAAUAGAUCGAACGGAUAAUGAUGACGAACGACGUGAUACAAAUUCCGGUGAUACAAAUGAAGAAAAACGUUCAAAUAAAAAUCGAUGUCAACUAUUAUCUUGUACAACAGACAAAUCUGUUAAAAAGAAAAAAAAUAAAAGUCGUUUACGUGCAUUUCCAACAAAAUGGAGCGAAUUAUCAAAUGAACAUCAAGAAGAAAUACGUCGCUCCUUACAAAUUCCUCCAAAUGUUCAACGUUGUUGUACACGUUGUUAUGACAAAUUAAUUACUGAAGUACGACAACGAAAAACUAAUCAACUAUUAGGAGAAGAAGAUGAUGAUGAAUCAACAAUAACAGUUCAUCACAAUUCAAAACAAGAUGGUGAAGAAUGGAAUAAAGCAGAAAUCGAUGCAUUUACACAAGCAAUUAAUAAAUUUCAUCAUGAUUGGACACAAAUAGCUGAAUAUGUUCAUCGUAGUGAAGAAAGUUGUCGAACGUUUUAUAUAAAACAAUAUAAAAAUGUUUCACCUGUUGAUCAGAAUAUUGAUGAAGAUAAUAUUAGUAUAUCAGGUUCUGAAUUAGGUCAAAAUAAACAAAUUAAUGAUGAUAAUCAAUUAAAAACAAUAAAUGAAGAUAGUAAUGAUUCAACACAUGGAAUGGUAAUUGAUGAAGGUGAAGAACAAGCAUCAAUAAUUGAAGAAAAACCAUCGAAAUCAAUUCCAUUAGCAACCCAUUUAACAACAAUAACAUCACUUGUUGAAAAAGAAAUAUCAAAAACAUUAAAUGAAACUGAAAAACGUUCAUUAACUAAUAAUAACAAUAAAAAUAUCAAUGCAUCACCUGAGCGAUUAAUUAAUAAUAAUAACAAUAACAACACUAAUAAUAAUAAUAUAACUCAACCACCACCACUUAUAACUCUUUCGAAAUCUCAAUCACCAGCAACACAUUAUCAAUAUUCAUCUCAUGCUCAACAACCAUAUGUAAAUAAAGGUUCAAUUAUGCGUGGUACACCCAUAUCAUCAACAACACCAACAAAUAAACCAAUUGCUGUUGAUAUAUCAUCAACACAUUCUCAUCCGCAUCAUUAUAAUAGUCCAAGAAAUGAAUAUUCACAUUUGAAAUCACCUAAAAUAUUAGAUCGAAAUAUUGAACAACAACAACAACAACAUUUACUUCAGCAACAACAUGCAGCUCAUAUGCGUCACUAUCCUCAUCCACAGCAAUAUUUACAACAACCACAACAACAACAACAACAACAGCAUAAGACUUCAACAAAUAAAUUAGAUCCGUCAAAUACAGAUACAUUUGAAACAUUAAGAGCUGAUUAUGUAACAUCCAAAUAUCUUACAACAACACAUUCACCAAGUCAUGAACGUCAACAUCGUGCUGGUCCUGAACAAGUUUCACCUUCUCAAAUAUCUCCAUCAAUUGGUCAAUCAUUACUGCCUCCACCGGCAGCAAUUGGUCCUCCUACGUCAAAUCCUUCUGUUCCACCAUCACCACAUUCUCAUCAUUCACAACAACAAGCUGCUAUUCUAGCUGCUUCACAAUUCCUUGCUUCAUCAGGCGUAUAUCCACAAGAUUUAUUAUCAAAUAAUCUUUUACAAUAUCCAUCAUAUUAUGGUUCAUCACCAAAUAAUGCACCAUUCUUAUUUGAUCCACGUCUUAUGCAUGAAUAUGCUACUGCAGCAGCCAAUAACGAACAAUUAAAAGCUGAACAUCAUAAAGCAGCAAUGCGUUUAAGUCGACAACAGCAUCAGCAUCCAUCUUCUUUACGUGGACAUUCACCGCCCGAUCCAUCUUAUUCUAAUCAAGCAGCAAAACGACAUUCAUAUGACUUGGGAUAUUCAACAAAUGACUAUCCAGCAUCUAUUUGGCAUGCACAAAAUAUGAAUAGUCCUCAACAACAACACCAACACCAACAACAACAGCAACAACAACAGCAACAACACCAACACCAACAACAGCAACAACACCAACACCAACAACAGCAACAACACCAACAACAACAACAAAUGCAUUCGCAAAUGAAACAUAAUACUGGAACAAAUGAAAAUCCAUUAUUAAAGUUAAAUGAAUUAUCUCGAUAUUCAUCAGCACGUGCUCCCGAAAGAAACAGUCGUUCACCAGAUGAUUAUCAUCAUCAUGUAAAUCAAUCACGUGGUACUACUGAAAGUCCAUCUAUUCAUUUUCAACGUGUUGAAGCUGCUCAUAAUCAUCAUAAACUAUCUUAUGAUAAAUCAAAUCCUAAUUUACAUUUUACUGAUCAUUCAACAGAUGGAAAUUCAUUAAAUUAUAUGAGACAAAAUCCAAAUGUACAUAAACCUCAAGCAACUCAUCAUUCACCUCAUCGUCAUCAUCAACAGAAUACAAAUUCAAAUAAUCGUACAUUAGUUCCACCAAUACAAAAUUCACAAAUUUCACCGCAUCAUCCAACUUAUCUAAUUCAUAAUCGUCAUCAUGCAUCAAUUGAUACGAUACCAUCUCAACGGCAACAACAAUCUCCUCAUCAUCAUCAACAGCAAUCACAUUAUUCGCAACAACAACAACAACAACAACAACAACAACAACAACGAACAUCAGAUCAUAAUGAAUCAAUAAGAAAUCCUAAAGAAUCUAUUUCGAUUCAAGAAUUUAUCAAUAAAAAUGUUAACGAUUUUGUUAGUUUGACAAAUAAUGAUACUAAAAAUUCAACUAAUGAUUUAUCAUCAUAUGAAUCUCUUAAUAAUCAAUUGACACGUAUUCAUCACACUAGUAAUUCUGAUCAACCAAUAUUAAUCGAUGGUGAUGAUGAUUCAAAUCCAAUUGAACAAACUGAUAUAACAAAUAAAACAAAUACAGAAAGUGAAAUGUUUGAACGACGUCGUGAUAGUUCUAUUAAAAAAAUUCUUUCCGAUCAACCAUUAGAAAAACAAGAAUAUGUUGAAAUCAAUCAAAAAGUUCAAAAUAGUGCUAUUGGAGCAUCUAAAGUACAUUCAAAUAAUGAUCCAGCUAGUGUCGAACGAUCAAAUACUAUUGGUGAACGUACAAGAUCUCGCGGUUCAAUAACAAUGCGUAUGUUAAUGGGUGCAAGUGAUAUAUAUGCUGAUGGUAAAGCUCAACCAGCGGCAGCUAAUGAAACGCUGUCAACGAAACGGUCUGCAUCUCCUUCAACUGAUAAAUGUGAAAAAAUUGAAUAUUUAAUUCGUGAUGAACUUGAUCGAGCAUGUCCAGCAGUGAUUAAACGUGAUGAAACAUUAAGUAUAUUUCAAAAGUCAUCAUCAAAUCCACAGCAGCAUCAGCAUCAGCAACAGCAGCAGCAACAACAACAACAACAACAAAACUCAGCAAAACGAUUGCGACCAUCACCAAAAGAUGAAGAACAACGUCAUUCAUCAUUUUAUCCUGCACAUGAAUCAACAAUAAAUAUUCGUGAUCCAUUCGCUUUACAACCUCAAUCAAAAGGUCAACAUCACCAAUUAACAUCAUCAACACAUAUGGAUAAAAAUUGGCAAACUUAUCUUCAACAACAACAAUAUCAUUCACCUAAUUCAUAUCCAUCACAAUUUCCUUCACGAUCAUCACGUCCAACAGGUUCAAUAACACAAGGUAGUCCUAUAUCACCAUCAUUACGUUUAUUAACUGAUCAACAACAAUACUCAUCAGCAACAAAUAACCAACUUGUUAAUCCACGCUAUUCGUGUUAUGCUAAUAAAAAUGAACAACAAUCUUCACCAUCAGGGCAAUUAUCAACAUCACCACUUGAUCAUUCACCUAAAGCAAGAAUUGUGCGAAGAGCAAAUCAGACACAUUCAUCUCCAUCUGAUGUUCAACAUGAAUCGACAUUAUCAACAAGUGGUGAUCAUUCAUCAACUUUAAAAAGUCCAUCUACUAAUCCAAUGCCGACUGAUCGUAAUACUUCGCCAAGAAGUGCAUCACCAACAACUUCAAUCUCAUUAAAUAGUUCACAUCCACUUAAAAAACGUUUGAUUAGUGAAUAUGAACUUGAACAACAACGAAAUUCACCAGGUGUACCAUCAACAGUAACUACAUCUACUGAAAAAGUUGAAACAACAGACGAAAUAACGAAUAAUGCAAAUAUUGAUAUUCCAAAAAAUGAUACAGAAAAUGUUUCUAACGCUGAAAACUUUAACAAGAUGUCAAGUGGUUCAGCAUUUAGCAACGUACUCAAAGCUAAGGAAGAUUUACAAAAAUCUUCUGAACAAUUAGAACAAGAAAAACGUUCAGUUCUUGCGCAACGUGUACCACAAUUACAAAUUGAUGGAAAAACAAAGGAACAACUUAUUGAAAAGGCAAAACAAUUACAUAAUCUUCUCCAUCAAUUACAUGGUUCUAUUUAUGAAUUAACAGAACGAUUUGAACGACAAAAAUAUGAUAUGGUUGAAUUAACUGAACGUGCUCGUCAAAUUGAGAAAGGAAAAGCUAAAACACGUAAAUCAAACAUUGUUCACACUGGUCUUGGCGGUGGUAUGUUUAGUGGUGUCAAUGAUGUUACACAAGGAGCACCGCAAAAAGUAUCACUUUUCAGUCGAUAUGAACGUGUUACCGAUCGUCGUACAUACAAGGAUCGUCGUGGUGUUUGGGCUGAAGAAAAGAAAUCAGCUGACUUUGUUCCUGAACGUCCAAAAGCUAAAAUACGACACAAUACACCACCUCCUGAAGAAAAUCCAUUACGUAAAACUAAAGGUGCUGCUCAUUCUAAAGCUGAAGAACAUCAUGAACAAGAUUUACCUCCUCCACCUACUGAAGAAGAAGCACCAACUCACGAACCAGCAGCUGAAGAAGAACCAGCUGCUGAAGAAGAGGAAGAAGAAGAAUAA